CUGCCAAUGACUCUGGUUUUCUUUUCAUAGCCAUUGUUCAAGUCAAUAUGGCUUCAAAAAUUAUAGUCGUCGGCGCAGUCCAAGGGCAACUGCGAUCAGCCUUCUCCAAGAUCGGCACCCUUCACGCGAAGAACAGUUUCACUUUCGCAAUUAUAUCUGGGGAGCUUUUUGCCGAGGAUGACGAUGAGGUUACAGACUUGCUAGACGGAAAGAUCAUCGUCCCUCUCCCCACGUAUUUUACGGUCGGACGGAGCCAGUUCCCCCAGCGGGUUGUCGAUAAACUCGCAAAAGUUGAUGAGCUCUGCGAAAAUCUUCACUUCUUGGGAAAGCGAAGCACAACGAAAACAUCCGAAGGAGUCCGAAUCGUUGCUCUUGGGGGUCAAUUGGAUGACACAAUCAUUGGAGGCCUAUCAAAAGAACAGUACCUUCCGUUUCAUACUGUGGAUGAUGCCAAGGCCCUCCGUGGAGCGAACACUGCCGACAUUCUAUUGACAGCUUCUUGGCCGUCUUCUAUUCGCACUGGCUCCAAGGUGCCGAUUCCAGAGGCCGGGGUUGAACCAACAGGCAACGACCAUAUCUCACAACUUUGCGCGGAAUUGAAGCCCAGAUACCAUUUCUCGUCAUCGCCCACCUUUUACUACGAGCGUGAGCCAUUCUUUCACACACCAACCGAGGACGCCCCUGAUUUCCGACCCCUCACCAGAUUCAUAUCUCUUGCCGCUCACGGCAACCCCAACAAGCAGAAAUCAAUAUCUGCAUUUAAUCUGCGAGCGACGGUGGAUGUAACUGCCCCUCUUCCGCUUGGCGUGACAGCUUCACCUUUCUCUCCAAAAGCACCAGGAGGCAGGAAGCGAGCAGCGCUGGAGCCCGAACCCUAUUCCCGAUUUGCACCGGAUGAUGGCAACCACCAUCGCCACAAAAGAGGCCGAAGAGAAAGACAGCCCCCGCCAGGACCAGAUACGUGCUUUUUCUGUCUGUCGAACCCGAAUCUUGCCACCCAUCUCGUAACAUCUAUCGGCGAAGAUGCAUACACAACAACCGCCAAGGGUCCACUGACUACAUCGUCAAUGAAUGCGGCAAAUGGCCUCGAUUUUCCAGCUCAUAUUCUUAUUAUCCCAUUGAGCCAUGAGCCCACAUUGGCACGUAUUGAUCAAGAGGGGCGCCAAAAGACAUACACGGAAAUGAACAAGUACAAGAGGUCACUUCAGCAAAUGGUGGCAGCUAGGAGCGAUGACAAACUUGGUUCCGUUACGUUUGAAAUUAGUCGUGGGAAUGGUGUUCAUACCCACUGGCAGUUUAUUCCCGUUCCGGCCGAGCUUGUUUCUAAGGGAUUGGUUGAAGCAGCCUUUAAAGUUGAAGCAGAGAACAUGAAGUACCCUUCUUUUCAGAAUAGGGAUCCUGGCCUUGGGGAGGGAGAGGGAGAUUUUUUCCGGGUGUGGAUUUGGUCGCCAUCGGAAGAAAACGGCGCUCAAGGACAAUCAAAGACCAUCACCAUGCCCUUCGAUGACACCAUGAGAUUCGAUUUGCAAUUCGGGCGAAAGGUGCUUGCGAAGUUGCUCGGUCUGGAGAAGAGGCUGCAGUGGAGAGAUUGUGAGCAGACAGUUGAUGAAGAGAAACGUGAUGUCGAGGCAUUUAAGACGGCGUUCCGCAUCUUUGAUUUUACGCUCGAGGAUGAGGCGAAGAAGGAAUGAUACCCCCCGCUGGCGCUCAAUUACAGGAGUAUAGGAGCCAGUCUGCUUUAAUCAACAUUAUUACGCCGAAGGGGACCAGCACGCGAGGAUUGUACUUUCGAGGGGAAUAGGGAAAGAUAGCGACAGGGAGAGCUGCAGGGAGAGCGACGAGCGGUGCGCACUCCGGUUGUAGGGCGCGUAGUCGGGGC